GUUCUCCCGCGCCUUCAACAACCUGGUCGCCGCGCUGCUGCAGCACGACCCCGCCCGCAGGCCCUCGGCCCUGGAGUGUAUGGGCUUUUCGAUUUUCCGCCCGCUGGCAGCAGCAGACCACCGCGCCUUGCCACCCCACUGCAGCAGCAGCAGCAGCAGCAGCAGCAGCAGCAGCAGCAGCGGGUGCGCGGACAUGCAGCAGCUGCAGCAGCAGCACACAGGCAGACACGCGCCGCUCUCCACCAUCGCAGAAGAAGACGAAAACGAAGACCCCCAGACAAGCCAGUACCAGGACUGCAGCAGCAAACUGCAGCAGCAGCAGCAGCAGCAGCAGCAGCAGCAGGAAGAGCUAAAGGCCCACCCGCCCCUGCUGCAGCAACGCCCUGCUGCUGCCUUCAGCGGGGCUGUUCUGCGCAGACCCUCUUUUGGGGCCCCACAGCUGCACACGGAGGGGCCCCACGCCCCGUUUUCCCUGCAGCAGCAGCAACAGCAGCUGUGGCAGCAGCAGCUGCAGCAGCAGCUGCAGCAGCAACAGCAGCUGCAGCAGCAGCAGCAGCUGCAGCAGGUAGGCGCUGCAGGCCGCCCCAGUAGAAGCGGCUCUGCGAUCUACAGGCCAGGCCUGGAAGCAGCAGAAGAGCCCACCUGCUCCGUAGAACCAACAGCAGCAGCAGCAGCAGCAGCAGCAGCAGCAGGAACAGCAGCAGCAGCAGCGCCUCGGAGUUCGUUUUUGCCCUUCGCCAGACGCACCCAGAGGCAGAGUGAGCUGCUUCUGUUGCAGCAGCAGCAGCGGCAGCAGCAACAGUUGGACUUGCAGCAAGAACAGCAACAGCAGCAGCUAAAGCAGCAGCAGCUGCUGCUGCAGAGGCAACAGCAGGAACUGCGACAGCAGCAACAGCAGCUGCUGCUGCAGCUGCAGCGCCAGAGGGCUGCUGCUGAACAGGAAAGAUGGCAGAGGGCCUCGCCCACGUCUGCAGCAGCAGACUCGUCCUUGCUGCAGCAGCAGCAGCAGCAGCAGCAGCAGCAACAGCGCAUUCAUCGUUUGGCUCGCGAGUGCAGAACAAGGGAAGCACCAACGGCUGCUGCAGCACCAGCUGCAGCUCCUCACACAGCAGCAGCAGCAGCAGCAGCAGCAGCAGCAGUAGAGCCAGUUCCUCCUGCUGCUUCUUUUCAAGCCCCAAGCAGCAUGCAGCGGCAUCUCCGCCGCCAGCAGCAGCUGCAGCAGCUGCAGCAGCUGCAGCAGCUGCAGCAGCAGAGUGGGGACAGCGCGCUGCGAAGCAGGUCACCUGUCAGCCCCAUCAGUGCAGCAGCAGCAGCAGCGAGCAGCACACUGCGGCGCACCAGCAGCAGCAGCAGCAGCAGCAACAACACGUGGGGCGCGGCUAAGUACCCGGCUCCCCAGCAGGAACGCCGCGAGGGUCUCUUACGCGCAGAAGAAGUGUCUCCUCUGGAGCAGGAGCAACGGCAGCAGCAGCAGCAGCAGCAGCAACAGCAGCAGCAGCAACUGCAGCAGCAGGUGCUUCGGGUGCUGCGCUGCUGCAACAGCCCCUGGAGGAGAGACAGCGCAGCUCAGCUUUCAUUUCAGGUGUACGGACACCUCGCUCGUCGUCUCCAGCAGCAACAGCAGCAGCAGCAACAGCAGCAGCAGCAACAGCAGCAGGCACUGCAGCAGGAAGCCGCUAUCUGCACUGUGGCAGCGGCGCUGCUGCAGCAGCUGCUGCUGCUGUUGCUGCUGCCCAGGGGAUCUCUCCGGGCGCACACACGCCGCGCGCUGCAGCAGCAGCAGCAAGUGCGUGCAGCAGCAGCUACCUCCCCUCCUACAGAGCCAAGAGCAGCAGCAGCAGCAGCAGCAGCAGCAGCAAACUUGGAGCAGCAGCAGCACAGGAACGCCGUGCCCCCUUUGAGGGCCUGGGGGCCCCUCUUUCGGGGCCCCUAG